UUCCAGGGUAUUACAAUCAGUCCAUAAAUAUUCGUUAUACUAGUGGUGCAAAACAAGAAUAACAUAAGGUAGGCAGAAAAAUCUGAGACGGUCGGCGCGCUACAAGUUAGUAACUGGCCUGUCGAGUCUCGUAGGCAACACGAGGCUUACCACAAGGAAAAUGGCGGACAGUGCGAGCGAGUUGGAAAGUGACACGAGUUCCAUGGAUGGAGGACCUACCAUGAAAAUGGCCUCUCCUGGUCACCUGGAACAACUUCAGAAGAGAAUAGAGUCGUUACAGCAGGAGAAUCGUGUUCUGGCGAUGGAGUUGGACACAUAUAAAUUGAAGUGUAAAACACUUCAAGAGGAAAACCGCGAGUUGCGGAAGGCCAGCGUGACUAUCCAAGCUCGAGCAGAACAGGAGGAAGAGUUUAUCAGUAACACUUUGUUGAAGAAAAUUCAGUCCCUGAAGAAAGAAAAGGAGACGUUGGCUAUGAAUUAUGAGCAGGAGGAGGAGUAUCUUACAAAUGACUUGUCUCGUAAACUCCAUCAGCUACGUCAAGAAAAGGUGGAAUUGGAACAAACUUUGGAAAAAGAGCAGGAAUACCAGGUCAACAAACUGAUGAGAAAAAUUGAGAAACUUGAAGCAGACACACUGUCGAAACAGGUCACCUUGGAGCAGUUGAGACGAGAGAAGAUCGAGCUUGAAAACUCUCUGGAACAGGAACAAGAAUCACUUGUAAAUCGUCUUUGGAAACGGAUGGACAAACUGGAGGCAGAGAAAAGAAUGCUUCAGGAGAAACUAGAACAGCCAAUAUCAGCGCCUGCUUCCCCCCGUGAUAUCAACAAUGGAGAUACAGCAAACAACUUAACACAACAUAUCGACAACCUCAGAUCAGAGGUUUUGAAACUCAAAAACCAACUAAGGGCAGCACAGGUUGAGCAUGAACAAAGAAUGGCACAGUAUGCCAAAGAAGAGCAACACAUCCGAGAUGAAAAUCUGAGGCUCCAGAGAAAGUUACAAAUGGAGAUGGAGCGAAGAGAAACACUCUGUCGUCAUUUAUCAGAGAGCGAGUCCAGUCUGGAAAUGGAUGAUGAAAGACACUUCAAUGAGAUGACAAAGCAGCAUGAUAUGACGACAACCCCGAGUCAUACAGUCCGUCCCCGAACUGUGUCCAGCCCCAUCCCCUACGCCUCGCCCACCACCUCCAGGCCACUGUCACCAAGUUUGAUAUACAACCAGGCUUUUAGUCCUCCCAGUCCUAUGAGACGAAGUGGGGCAGGACCUGCUGUGUUUCACUCUGGGCCUCCAGGACCAGUCGGCUUCCACCCCAGCACCUCUCCACCUGUCCACUCUCAUCAAACUGCUGGCCCACAUAUCGUGAGGCCUCAGCCCAGUCAGGAGAAGUUUGCGAAGCCAGCAGUGCCGGGAAUGGAUCGCCAUGAUCAGACGUGACUUGCAGGGAACAGGGGAGAUAGCCUGAUCUCUGUUCUCCAGUGACAUGAUGAGGGGAUGAGGCUCCUUGCGGCUUGUCCCUCCUUGGCUGUAAAUCUGCUUCAUGGUCACGUAUAGACAAGCUGCCUAAAGAAGAGCGCUCCUAGCUUACCAAUCUCACACAUACCAUGCCAGUCUGUUGGCGAGAGCAGCAUGCUGCAGUCUAGAGCAUUAUUCAUUCUGUACAGGGUUAUUGUGUUUCUGACAUGGAAUCCAUACUCGAGACUAGAUAUCAUCCUGUUUAUGUUGUGGCAUUUUUUUGUGUUAACCUUUGGCAUUUGUUCAUGUGAAGAUGCAUGGAUUGACAUAACUUAUGUUGUAACAUUAGGUAUUGGUUACCGAAGAUAAUCUAAAUGUCCAGGUUAUGCUGAGAGUAUUGUGCUGCUGGCGUCCUUCAUCUAAAUGUUUUUAAGAGGUGCCUUGAUUUUCCAACCGUAGGCCUAAUCGGUUAGCAGUUCUUAUGAGGUUAUGCUCAAAUGAGUUGAUAGAGAUUUUGUUGGUUUAGAUUAACCUGCUGAAAUUAUACACUCUUGUUAGAAGUGGCUUUGUUCUGGGCAUAUUUGUAUGUUUGGGCACAUGUGCAGUGAGGCAAGUGGUCUCAUCACAUGAUGCUUCAUUACUUAAUGUAUUAUUUGUCAGCACUGCUGUUGCAUUUCAUGUUUUAUUUUACGUUGUUUUUCUCUUUCUUUGUUAUUUAAUUUAUUUGAUCUGUUUUGUUGACAAAGGAUUUCAUUUUAGUUUUAUUCAUGGAAGACGACUGUCCAGUCAGUCCAUGGCCUUUGACAAGUUGCCUCCCCUUGGCUGUCUCUGCGUCUUGGAAGGCAGCAAAGCGCAGAUUUAGUCUCCAUGUUUAUCAUUAGUUAUGGUUUAUGUUCUGUUCUCCUUCACCUUUAAUUAUUAUAGUGAGACUGAUAUUUUGUAAUCAUAUUCUCUCUUCAGGAAUGGUGUCAGCAUAACCAUCUACUCGAUAGAAGUUAGAUAACUUACGAAAAGUACUAGUAUAAAUUAAUCUACCUUUAUUACCUGUCUGCUGAUUUAAGACAACUUUAAGUUGUGGUCUUAAACAAUUGUAGAUGAUCCAGUUGUUGGACGCUGUAGGGAAAGCUCUAGAAUGGAGAAUUUGUGGGAGAGAUAAUAUGCAGCUUUCACUAUAAUUGAUUAUGUGACAGAAAUUGUGAUUUUAUAUCGAAGAAUUAUUAUUAUUUUAAUUGUGCUGAAACCUUUUUUCUUUGUUUGUUUGAAGUUGACAGGAAUUCAUUGUUAGCAUAGUAAAAUAACGUAUCUGGAUUAACUUUGGAGCUGUAACAUGGUGUAGCUCAUAAGUGGCUGGAGAGCCAAGAGCAAAUGGAGACUUCAUAAAAACUUAGCCAUCACUUGGAGUGCUUACUGUUACUAUUUGUGAUAUAAUUGUUGAUUGCUUCAUGUGUGUAAUUUAUCGCUGCUAGCCAUGAUGCUAAAUGAGAGAGGCUGGUGUGAUAUAUGUAUAUAUAUAAUUUGUCUUUUUGUGCCAGCUUCAUGUACAGUAUCUUUCCAAACAGGCAGUGUCCCGGUUGUAAUGCUAUGUUGUCGUAACCACACUAAUCUGACCGCGUGAGACAUAGCUUGAGAGGAGUUGCACAAUUCUGUGAUUUUUGUUUUUAUGCAGGAUAAGAAUAUUGAGUGUUUUUUAGGAGUUCCUGUUGAAAUUUUAUUUAAGCAUAAUGUAAAGUUUUGAGUAAAACAGACCUUUUGUAAGCCAUGAUAAAUGUAACUUCAACUAGAAAGUGAUUUAGAAAGCAGACUUGGUGAGAGAUGUUUUUUUUUUCUUUCUGGGAAGAAAUAUGAUCCGAGUUAUCACCAUUUAAUCACAUUUGAUUAUCAACGUAUCAUGUGUACGUAACUUGUAUGAAAUUCCUCUGAAACCAUGUGAAUGUGAAAUAAUAGUAACUGUCCGAAAUCAAAUUUGUAUUGUUGUGCAGUUGCAUGGAUAUUGCCACAUGUAUUGAAUCUACUUGCAACUGCCCAGGUGUGCAGUGGUAUACAUAAAUUUGUAAUAUUUUGAAUAACCUACGGUGCAUUUAAUGCAGCUUUUUGUUUUCUGCUUACCAAGCUUUAAAAAGCCUAUCUUCUUCUGCAUUUCUGUUUUCUUUCGGAUUUAUGUACUUAUUAAUAAAUACACUCUGGCCCAGGCUAAAGUACAGUAGGGUUGUUAAAAUGUAGAUGGUUGAUCUAACUUCGAAGGUUAGUUCGGGCAUUGGGUGAGGAAUUGGAAACGUGCGUCUGUGUGAAAAGACCUGUAUAUAACUUGUAACGUCCGCGCUUUGUGUUCUGGGACAUUUCCGAUUAUGGCUUUAUAGCUGCACGCAGUUGUCUCGUGACACAUUAAUAAAAGUAUUGAGA